AUUAACAUUUAUUGCUACUUUGGGAAAACUCGAUUACAGGCGCUGGGCGCGGCGCCCCUAUACCACAAUGCAUUGCCAUUGCCAUUGCAGAGCCGCCAUUUUAUGAGUCGCGCCAGAGCACUUAUGGCAUCAUCAGGACUCGGAUAGGGGAGAAGGCGCAGCACAGCCACCCCAUCAGCCACAUGGCUGGAGAGCCAUCAGCUCUCGUAAAACGGAUUUUGCGCUUAGUCAGGAUGCGUGCAGCAGUUUUAUGGGUUGCUCCAUUGAUGCCAGCACUCGGAAAAUGUAUACAGUUUUCUUUUACUACCUUUGCGCUCCACUGCGCAUGCAGCAUCCACUGGCUGCCAUAAAAUAUCGAAACGUUCGCAAUCAUAAAUGUUGAUGAGUGCAGGCACCCAAAUUGGGAUUGCACACAAGCAAGCUCAGAGAAUAUACGUAAGAGUGAGCUGAGAGUAGGCAGCUCGUGUCAGAGCGAAAGAGAAACUUGUCAGAAUUCGGAAGCAUAUCUGGGAAAAAUCUCCGGAAUGGAUAAAUAUAUUACAUUAUCGUUCAUCACCGUGUUCUGGCUGCUCUUUGCCUUGGUUGGUUGGUUGGUGGCCAUGCGAUUCAAGGACAGAGGAGUUAUCCGAUGCUGUGUCGUACUCACAGCUGCCUGCUGCUAUCUCGUCUGGCUGAUUACUUUUCUAAUGCAAAUGAAUCCUUUGGUGGGGCCGCGGGCUGAUCAAAAGGUAAUCUACGCCAUCAUGACCUACUGGCCCAACUCCUUCAUUCAUUCGGAAUCGGAUCCUUAAAACGAUAUACUCUCUCCGCUACUGAAAUAUCUUCACAUAUAUUUUCAAGUGGACAAAUAUGAAUGGUUUAAAUAGGCGCCUGCUAUUGAUGUACUGUACUGAAUGAGCUAACAAUUUCGGCGACCCGAAUGAUGAUUAAAUUAUAAAUGAUCUUUUA